CUCGAUUCAGUACGUUUCCAGAAAAUGGCUCGGGUUGUGUGUCGAAGUGAAGUCUGACACGUAUUUUCCUAAAAUUCGUAGAUGAUUUGAUAAAAACUUAUUAUGAUUUUGUUAUAGUUACGUUCUUGUGUAUGAUAUUCUAACAAAUCACCAAAAAUGGAGUUCCGGGAGACUUUGCUGGCUGCUCAACGAAAUCAACAACAAAAGUCAUCUCGCAACACAUACUACAAAGCGGGAUUCGACCCUCCUAAAAAAGAACAACGGCAAAAGGACAAGUUGUCGGAGAAUAUAUUAAAGUUUUUAGCUAAGAAAGAUGAAGAAGAAAGGCAGAAACAACUGGAAGCUCAGAAGAAGAAGGAGGAGCUGCUUGCCAUGCGCGACCCUAAGGCUUUGCGGAAGAUCCAAAAGACUCUGAAGGUCAUCAAGUCUGCUAACAAGUCUGCAAUAGAGGAUGCAGUGGACCACAACAACACAGCAGUCACCAGGGAGGGCCCAGAUCAGCCGGACCAGGACGACUAUGGAUAUGAAUCUCAGGAGGCUGCUGCAUUCUAUGGAAAAUUGAUGCAGAAAUAUAGCAAGAUACCUGAUGAACCCAAAUUUCCUGUGGGCAAGAAGAGUGUAAAAACAGACUUGAAAGGCACCAUGGAACGAGUGAAAAAUGCCCUGGCACAUGAAGAUGACCCUGUCCCCCACAAAAGAAGGCGUAGGACAGAAAAUGGAGAAAGAGAAUCAAGUCCUCCUCAAAAGUAUGAGCCCGAGAAACGGAAAGAUGAUAAACCUGAGAAGCCUAAGUUCCGAAAACCAGCACCGCCACCUAUGGACUUUAACCAGCUAUUAAAGCUAGCCGAGGAGAAAAAAGCGCCCCAAUCGAAGCCGGUGGCCGCCAAGCCGGAGUCGGAGCCGGAGCGGCUGAUGACCAAGAAGCAGCGGCGCGAGUACGAGGAGGAGCUCGCGCGCCGCCAGCGCCGCCAGGAGCGCCUCGACGCCGAGAAGAACCCGAGGAAACAAGUGUUAAGAGAAAAGAAAAAGGCAGAAGAAAGGGACAGGCCUGCUGAAAGAGAAAAGAAACCGGAGUCUAGCGGAUUUGGACGAAUUCCUAAAAUCGGCGAGAAAUCAUCUGCUAACCAGUCCUCUAGUUCCAGCACUAGUUCUCACAAAAAUGACAGCUCUAAAACAUACGAGCGGAGCAAAGACAAACCAUCCAGUGACCGGGACAGGGCAGACAAGCUGCAGAGAGAAAAAGAGAGGGUGAGGCAAAACAGGGACAGGUUGGACAGAGAAAGGGAGCGACAAGACAGAGACAAGAUGGAUAGAGAAAGGGAGCGACAAGACAGAGACAAGAUGUAUAGAGAAAGGGAGCGACAAGACAGAGACAAGAUGGAUAGAGAAAGGGAGCGACAAGACAGAGACAAGAUGGAUAGAGAAAGGGAGCGACAAGACAGAGACAAGAUGGAUAGAGAAAGGGAGCGACAAGACAGAGACAAGAUGGAUAGAGAAAAGGAGCGACUAGACCGGGAAAGGCUGGACAGAUUGAAGGCGGAACGAGAAAGGAUAGACAGGGAAAUGGAAAGACUAAAUAGAGAUAGGGACAGAUUAGAAAAAACAAAGAUGAAAUUAGAAUCUAGUAAACCGUACGACAAACCUAGCAAAGACGUAGACAGAAGUAAAUUAGGCUCCAAGGACCAAAACUCCCGGCAGGAAGUCAAGAAGAGUAUAGAUUUAAAAAGCCAGAAUACCUACAGGAUAGAUAAAAACUCGAACGACAAGAAAUUCACUAUACCUAACAGAAACGGCGAGAGCAAGUAUAUGAACGGGCACAGUUCGCAAAGCAAAUUGCCGCAGAAGAGCAGAGAUGAUGCGAGGAUGACCGAGAGAGAUAGAGCUAUAGCCAAGCAGAAGGAAGAGAACGGCAAGCGGCUACCGGAGAGUAAGCCCGCGAGGAGGCCGGACGACAGGGGGGUCGGCAAGGCGGCGGCGGCGAGUAAGCCCCAGAUCUCCAACUCGUUCGACUUCGACAAGCACGUGAGCUCGCUCGGCAAGGACAAGCUCGCCAAGCGGCCCGACGCUCGCCUCGACGCGAAGAGGAAGCUGGAAGAAAUGAGGAAGAAACAGAAACGGCGCGCCAUCGAUUCGGAGUCGGAGUACGACUCUGAGAUGGAUGACUUCAUCGACGACGGCGACGAGAACCUCGACUACUCCACGCACAUUAAGGAGAUCUUCGGAUACGACAAGUCCAAGUAUCGGGACAUGGACGACGACGACGACCCGAUGAUGGAGUCCAGCUUCGCGCGCCAGCAGCGCGAGGAAUACAUCAGCAAAAAGAUCGGCAUAAUGGAGGACCUCGAGGACAUGCGCAUGGAGGCGAUGGAGAAGAAGAAAGCCGCCAAGAAGAAACGCCGCAUCAGCGACGACUGACCCCCCUCCCCCUCCCCCUCGCCGCGCCACAGGACACACCCGCCCCGCUUCAACAACAAUUUUGAACUAAAUAAUAUAUGAACACAAUAGAACUAUUAUUAUUAAUAUUAGGUCUUGCACACCAGUUUGCAGAAAAUAUUUUAAUUUGGCCCCUUUUUCUAUUGACAUGUAAGAGUUUCCGAGUCGCGUCUCGUCGCUUUGAAUUCUUUCGGUUCGUUUUAAUUUAAAUUAAUAAUUGAACAAAUAUAUUUUUGUCGUAUUUAAAUAAUACGUGAUGUCAAACUAAAUUAUUGUGCCAAACAACAAUCAAACAAAGCCAUCAGAAAUCUUGUCGUCCCGCUAGGCUAGAGGGUGCCCUUACGAACAAAAAGUCCCUGUUUCCAUUGGUUCUCUGAUGUUGACACAGCACUUCCAUAUUCUGCUUUUUUCUUAUCAUCUUAUUAUGAAGUACAGCAGUAGGAGAUAUGGAAGCCUCAACUCUAAUUUGUACACAGCAUAUGUUUAACAUAUUAUAUAGUGUGAAAAAGCCGGUUCAGGGUGGGGUAGGAAUACAUCAUCAUCAUCAUCAUAUCAGUCGAAAGACGUCCACUGCUGGACAUAGGCCUCCCCCAAAGGUCGCAGGAGUCCGCUGGAUGCGGGUGGCGCAGGACAGGUCAUUGUGGCAAUCUUUGGGGUAGGAAUACGAACAUAAAUAAUACUAAUAAGUAUUUUCACAAUUUAUUGUUUUGUAAUAUUAUGUUUUUGUUACCUAUAAAAUCACAACAAAUUGCGGACAAUUUUUUUUUUGUGUCUGUAAUCCUGUAUGACACGAGUGUGAAUAAUUAAAAUAUACAUAUAAUAUGCAUUAUUUAGAUGUAGUUAGUACAUUUUGUACAAUAUGAAUAUGGCGAAUAAAUUAAAUCAAUGGUUUUAGUUUACUUAAGUUUAGUUGUGGUUGUAUUUAUUAGCAUUGUAAAAAGCUGGCGUGCGUGUGAUAACGUUACGCAGCCUAAGUGAACUAUGCUGAAAUAAUCAACACUUUUUUAACACUAUGAAUUGAUUUUCUGGUCAUGUUUAACACAAACAGCUCAGUAAAAAGGGUUACUUAACAAUCUCGAUUCCAGUUACUUUUUUAAAAUUAUAUGUGUUCCCAGUAUUUGAACUUUUCGAUUCAUAUCAUAAUCUGUUUGAAAUUAAAGGAGAGGCUAUUUGUGUUGAAAAAAGUUUCAUUUAUCUAAUAUGAUAUGUAAUAUCGAUGCACAUUCACAUACACACAUAUACAUCCCAAAAAUACAAUAGGUAUUUGUUUUAAACGGGGACAAAGUUGAUGUUUAACCGCACGUGCGAGGGUUCCAGUGCACGUAGGUAAAUUGUAUAACAAAAUUUGUUUAACCUACGUUCUUAUUCAAGCUCGUAAGUCUCAUAAGACUCAAUUUUAUCCUUCUUUGAUACGUCUGAUAUUGUACUUGUCCAUUGUGUCUAUUUUGACAAAGAUCUUAGCCAAGUGGAAUACCACACUUAGGCUUUCUUCGUAGUAUCAUGGAUUUAGACCCUGUGUACUCACUCUCCUAGGAUCUCGCAACCACAACAGCUCUUUAUUUCCAAAUGUAUUUUAUUAAGUCUUAACUGUUGUCUAAUUAAGUAUAGUAAAUUGUAAAACUUGUACAGUUGUAUAGCUUCAUGACAAGUGAGAAAAAAGAGAAAAAAAUAUAUUAUUAAAUUUCUAUAUAUUCAGCAAGUUA